AUGGCUAUGAUGAAGACAAGAAGAGCAGCGACAAUAGCAGGGACGUGGCUCAACGAAGCUGUUAGCUUUGUCGUGUUCUGUCUCUUUGACAUCGUCGAUUCAUUGCUUUGUCUCAUCUACAAAGCAGCAGACUAUCUCUUAGAAUCGGAGUGGAAGCCUUGCUAUUGCUUGUCGGCCAAGGAACCCAUCACGGCGACUCGAGGAAAGAUCCUGGUGUCUCACAAUAAUGGCGAGUCCAAGAUCCUCACUCUUUCUCCGCUUCAAGAACUCAGCGGACGUUCCAAGAUUGUGCUGGAGGAUAUCUCCGAGACUCUAUACACACGUCCUUCUGUUCUAUCCGACCUCUCUAAUGUCUCCGUUAACGAGCUCAAUAAGCGGAUCGUUAAGGUUACUCGAUCCGACUCCAAAUGUAGCGACAAUCAUGAGAAGGUUAAGAACAAAAGGAGGAAGUCAAAGACGAAGUCAAGCUUGACGGUGAACUUCACGGUCGUUGAGAUGCUUCGGGGAAAGAUCAGACCGCAGAAUUUGAGCCACGAUGUCUCUCGAUGGUCGGAUUGUGAUUGUGGGAUAUGUACAUCUUGGGCCUCCACUACGGACAAAAAUCAUUCCCUCUUUGUCAAAACUCAAAUCCCAAAUGGGGUAAUAGCAAAAGAGGAUGUCUUGUUCAUACAUGGUUUCAUAUCUUCAUCAGCGUUUUGGACGGAAACGGUGUUUCCAAGCUUGUUGGCUUCCUCCUCGGCUUAUAGACUCUUCGCGGUGGAUCUUCUAGGAUUCGGGAAGAGCCCUAAGCCUGCUGAUUCACUCUACACAUUGCGAGAACACAUAGAGAUGAUCGAGAAAUCGGUCAUACACAAACACAAUGUGAAGUCUUUCCACAUCGUGGCUCACUCUUUGGGAUGCAUUUUGGCACUUGGCCUCGCCGCUAGACACGGCGACUUAAUCAAGUCGCUCACCCUCCUUGCUCCGCCGUACUAUCCGGUACCGGCGGGAGAAGCGAAGCCGAGGCAGUACGUGAUGAAGAAGGUGGCCCCAAGGAAAGUUUGGCCGCCAAUAGCUUUAGGAGCGUCGAUGGCUUGUUGGUAUGAACACAUUAGCCGUACCAUUUGUCUCCUCAUCUGCAAAAACCACCGAAUUUGGCAAUUCCUGGCCAACCUUUUCACCCGUAAUAACAGGACAGUAAACUUUUUAAUAGAAGGUUUCAUGUGUCACACGCACAACGCAGCGUGGCACACUCUACACAACAUUAUAUGUGGGACAGGAAGCAAACUCGAUACGUACCUAGACAUCGUACGAGAUAAGCUCAAGUGCAACGUGACCAUCUUCCACGGAGGACACGACGAACUCAUCCCCAUCGAGUGUAGCUACAACGUUAAACAGCGGAUUCCUCGAGCACGAGUUAAUGUUAUUGAGAAAAAAGAUCAUAUCACCAUGGUUGUUGGUAGACAGGAUGAGUUCGCCAGAGAGCUCCAAGAGAUUUGGACGACUUCAUCUUGCUAA